GUAUCAGUUUGAUUAUUUUCUCAAACAAAUCAUCAACAUGUCUGGACGUGGUAAAGGAGGAAAGGGACUCGGAAAGGGAGGCGCCAAGCGUCAUCGCAAGGUCUUGCGUGAUAACAUCCAGGGAAUCACCAAGCCAGCUAUCCGUCGUCUUGCUCGACGUGGAGGAGUCAAGCGUAUCAGUGGUCUCAUCUACGAAGAGACCCGUGGAGUCCUCAAGGUCUUCCUUGAGAACGUCAUCCGUGAUGCCGUCACCUAUUGCGAGCACGCCAAGAGGAAGACCGUCACCGCCAUGGACGUCGUCUACGCCCUGAAGCGACAGGGACGUACCCUCUACGGAUUCGGAGGAUAAGAAGUUACUCUUCUAAAUCACCAACAAAACCGGCU